AUGGGAGGCAUCUUGGAUAUCUCUUUCAUGUACCGAUGGUUUAAGAACUUUAACCUGGUCCCAAACCUUUCUGACAAAUAUGUAUUCAUCACUGGCUGUGACUCUGGCUUUGGGAGACUCCUGGCCCGGAAACUGGACAAGCGAGGGAUGCGGGUGCUGGCUACCUGCUUCACUGAGGAAGGAGCCCAGGAACUCCGAAGUACAACCUCCCACCGGCUUCAGAUCACCUUUUUGGACGUCACCAAGACAGAGAGCAUCAAAGCAGCCGCCCAGUGGGUGAAUGCCCAAGUGGGAGAUCGAGGGCUCUGGGGCCUAGUGAAUAAUGCUGGAGUUGGCCUUCCCAGUGGCCCCAAUGAGUGGCUGACCAAGGAGGACUUUGUAAAAGUGAUAAAUGUGAACCUGGUGGGAUUGAUUGAGGUGACCCUGAACAUGCUGCCAAUGGUCAAGAAGGCUCGUGGCAGAGUCAUCAACAUGUCCAGCAGCGGGGGCCGAGUGGCAGUCAUUGGCGGUGGUUACUGCGUCUCCAAGUUUGGUGUAGAGGCCUUCUCUGACAGCAUCAGGAGGGAGCUCUAUUAUUUUGGGGUGAAGGUCUGCAUCAUUGAGCCUGGAAACUACAGGACUGCCAUUUUGGGCACAGAGGACAUAGAACAACGCAUGCGACAGCUGUGGGAGCGGCUGCCCCAGGAGACAAGAGAUAGCUAUGGAGAGCAAUACUUCUACCUCUAUACCAAAAACUUAAAAAAUUUGACUAGACUGGCAGAACCGAAAAUCAGUGAAGUCACAGACUGUAUAGAGCAUGCCCUUACUUCUCGAAGUCCUCGGGUCCGCUAUAAUCCUGGCCUGGAUGCUAAACUCCUCUACAUUCCACUGGCCACCUUCCCUACACCACUGACGGACUUCAUUCUGAGUCGCUACCUCCCAAAGCCGGCAGACAGUGCCCUAUGAGACACUAAGAAGGGGUAUGGGGUCUGGUAAGGUGCAUGGGCGUCUCAGUGGAGCUGAGUGUGAGGAGCCAUUUUCUUCAUCCGAAACUUCCCUCCCCAGGAUUUUUCGUGCCCUUCACAAUGAGCUUCUCUCACCAAGCCACUGCUUAAUACAAACCCAGGGUAGUGUUCCCAGGUUCAGAAACCCCACCUUGAUUCUGGAAAACCACAAGAGUAUAAGAAUAAUAACCUACAUUUACAUAUGAUUUUCUUGGUUUACAAAGCACUUUCAGCACCAUAACCCCU